AUGGCUACAAAGAAUUUGCCCUUGUCCAACCAGGAAGUGACUAAAACAAAUGAGAGAAUCGCGAACACGAUUUUCUCCAACGGACGGUAUAAUAAAGGAGCUCCAUCUUCGCGACCGAAAGUCACAAACAAAAUAUUCUCGAAAAAGACAAACUCAAAAGUCGGACUCGAAAAAGCCCAGAAAAACAGUCCAUACAACAACUCAAAAGUCGGACUCGAAGAAGCCCAGAAAAACAGUCCAUACAACAACUCAAAAGUCGGACUCGAAGAAGCCCAGAAAAACAGUCCAUACAACAACUCAAAAGUCGGACUCGAAGAAGCCCAGAAAAACAGUCCAUACAACAACUCAAAAGUCGGACUCGAAGAAGCCCAGAAAAACAGUCCAUACAACAACUCAAAAGUCGGACUCGAAGAAGCCCAGAAAAACAGUCCAUACAACAACUCAAAAGUCGGACUCGAAGAAGCCCAGAAAAACAAUCCAUACAACAACUCAAAAGUCGGACUCGAAGAAGCCCAGAAAAACAGUCCAUACGACCAUUCCCCAAGACUCAUGACUAAAACAAAUGAGAGAAUCGCGAACACGAUUUUCUCCAACGGACGGUAUAAUAAAGGAGCUCCAUCUUUGCGACCGAAAGUUGCAAACGAAAUAUUCUCGAAAAAGACAAACUCAAAAGUCGGACUCGAAGAAGCCCAGAAAAACAGUCCAUACAACAACUCAAAAUUCGGACUCGAAGAAGCCCAGAAAAACAGUCCAUACAACAACUCAAAAGUCGGACUCGAAGAAGCCCAGAAAAACAGUCCAUACAACAACUCAAAAGUCGGACUCGAAGAAGCCCAGAAAAACAAUCCAUACAACAACUCAAAAGUCGGACUCGAAGAAGCCCAGAAAAACAGUCCAUACCACCAUUCCCCAAGACUCAACGUACCACAAACAAACGAGUACUCAAUCUCGGUCAUACCAGAAGACUCCAGUGAAAGCAACUCUCAACUCCUCGUUCAGGACACGAUACUGGCCGAACCCGAAAACACUCCGGUUAAUCAAGAAUGA